GUUCUACCUUUCCCACACUGAAAAAUUACAUAAGAUUCAAUUCUAUUGGCGGCACGGGUGAAAUGGUUCAAGUCCUUGAAUAAAUCCGCCAUGAUGCCGGGGCGGUAUAUAAAAGAGUCUACUUGUCACUGUGUUCUGAAUAUCUCUUGAAGAAGAUCGUGGAACUUUCCGGUUUGUGGCAGAGUUCUAUAUUGAAUAUUUGUAUUCAGUAUCCUCCAUUCUUCAGCAGAAUGACAAGAUAUCUGAUUAUCUUUGUUUUGUUGGCGAUCCUAGCAGAGGUUAUGUGUGGCGGAUAUGGAGGUUAUGGGUAUGGAUAUGGUGGCGGUUAUGGUGGCAGAUACAGACAUGGAUACAAACACGGACAUGGUGGUUAUGGUGGAUAUGGUGUAGGGCGUGUGUAUAUUGUAUAUGGUGUUUCUGGUGGUUAUGGUGGUUAUGGACAUAAAGGAUAUGGGCACGGAGGAUUUGGGCAUAAGCGUUAUGGACACGGAUUUUAUGGCAGAUAAUGUAUUCUUUACCUCUGUUGAAAAAUAAAACACAUUCCUUAAUAAACGUGA